CCACCCCUCCCCCCCUCGGCUCCCAGCCCCCGGACUCGGCCGCUCGGGCGACGACGGCGGUGGUGCUCGGGAGGCUGCUGCAGUCCAGCCCCCCCUUCUGCUUGCCCCCCGCUGGUGGGCUUCAUGUGAGAGAUGGCGAAUGCCGAAGUGAGCGUCCCGGUGGGUGAUGUGGUGGUUGUACCAAGUGACAACAACGAAGGGGAGAACCCGGAGGAUACCAAAACCCAAGUGAUCCUUCAGCUCCAGCCGGUGCAGCAGGGGAUUUACCAGGAGGGCUCAGAGGCAAGUGCUGCUGUUGUGGCCGUGGAAACGCACACCAUACACAAACUAGAGGAAGGGAUCGACCCCAGCACCAUUGAAACAAACGAGGAAAUUGAGAUUGCCUAUCCCAUCACCUGCGGGGAGAGCAAAGCCAUCCUGCUCUGGAAGAAGUUUGUCUGUCCAGGAAUUAAUGUCAAGUGUGUGAAGUUCAAUGACCAACUGAUCAGCCCGAAGCAUUUUGUUCACCUGGCUGGGAAGUCUACCCUAAAGGACUGGAAGAGGGCUAUCCGUCUCGGAGGAAUCAUGCUGAGGAAGAUGAUGGACUCGGGACAGAUCGACUUCUACCAGCAUGACAAGGUUUGCACCAACACCUGCCGAAGCACCAAGUUUGAUCUCCUCAUCAGCAGCGCCAGAGCACCGAUGCCAGGGCAGCAGAGCGUGGUGCAGACCCCAACCUCAGCUGAUGGGAGCAUCACCCAGAUCGCACUGUCCGAGGAAAGCAUGGAGGAGGGGAUCGAGUGGAACUCUGCUCUGACAGCUGCUGUCACCAUGGCCACUGAGGAGGGCAUGAAAAAGGACACGGAUGAGAUCUCAGAGGACACGCUGAUGUUCUGGAAGGGAAUAGCUGAUGUGGGGUUGAUGGAAGAGGUUGUGUGCAACAUCCAGAAGGAGAUAGAAGAAGUGCUGAGAGGUGUCCAGCAGAGGCUGGGGCAAUCUCCCUUCCAGAUGACAGAUGCUGCAGUUUUAAACAACGUUGCUCACACGUUUGGCCUGAUGGACACAGUCAAGAAGGUUCUGGACAACAGGAAAAACCAGACAGAGCAAGGAGAAGAACAGUUUCUUUACACACUUGCAGACCUGGAACGGCAGCUGGAAGAGCAGAAGAAACUCGCCAAGGACCAGAAGGCCAAGUCCCAAACCAUCCAGAACGUGGUGCUGAUGCCCGUCAGUGCUCCAAAGCCCCCCAAACGACCCCGCCUGCAGCGCCCGGCCUCUGCCACCGUCCUCAGCCCCUCGACCCCCAUCCAGCAGCCUCAGUUCACGGUCAUCUCUCCCAUCGCCAUCGCUCCCGUCGGCCAGCAGUUCUCAGUGGGCAACAUCCCCGUGGCGACCAUCAGCCAAGGCUCCAGCCCGGUGACUGUCCACACUUUGCCUUCAGGCUCUCAGCUCUUUCGAUACGCCACCGUGGUGUCCUCCUCUAAGACCAGCUCCUCCGACACCGUCACCCUCCAUCCGUCCUCCAGCCUGGCACUGCUGAGCUCUGCUGCCAUGCAGGAUGGAGGUGCCCUGGCCAACGUGGCGGCCGUGGUCAACCCCGUGGAACUGGUGGCCAUGGAAUCCGGCCUCACCUCCACCAUCCAGGCUGUGGAAGGCACCUCAGACGACGGGCAGACCAUCAUUGAGAUCGACCCGGCGCCCGACCCCGAGGCGGAUGCAGAUGAGUCAGAGGGCAAAGCUGUGAUCCUGGAAACAGAGCUGAGAACUGAGGAGAAAGUGGUAGGAGAUGUGGAGGACCACCAGCACCACGUGCAUAACGUGGAGAUCGUGGUUUUGGAGGACUAGUGGGAAAAGCGAGCGUCAGCUCGGGAAAGAGUUGGGAAUCUGUUUCAUUUUGGGCUUUUUGUUGUUGUUCAGCAUACUUUCCAGCCGCCCCAUUUGUUUCCAUGGAUAUUUUUUCAUUGUACUGUAUAUAUUAUAUAUAUAUAUAUAUAUAAUUUUUUUUUUUUAAACAAAAAAAAGCUGGAGAAACGCGUGAGACCUGGAAAAGGCUCCACCUCCACGGAGCACUGAACAUUACUGCCUGUUUGUAGGGUCGUGGAGAGACUGGAUCUCUGCUGAAAACCCCACCGGGAGGGAUGGGACAGGGCUCCCGGUGCUGGGAGCGUGGUGCUUCUGCCCCAGGGCUGCUGCAGCCCGAUGGUUCCGUGUCACAGAGACAAUAGCCAGUGGCUGAGUGCUGGUGGCACUGCGGGAAGGGGUGGCACAGGUACCUCAUUUGUAUUUUUAUUUUUGCCCAGGGAAGGGAAUUCUUUUGGACUUUUCACUGUCACCUCAGCUGGGAUUUUUUUUUUUUUUAAUUAUUAUUAUUAUUAUUUUAUUAUUAUUUUUGCUUGGGGGAAGAAGACAGGAAUCCUGACUUCGCUGCCUGUGUUUUCCUCCACACACGUUGUUUUUAUAUCUCUAUUUUUUUGUAUUUGCUUUCCCUUCCCAUGCCCACAUUCGCCAGCUGCAGAGCCCCGGUCCCGCUCUGGGUUGCACUUCUCUCCCCGCAGCACUUCUGCCCUUCCCUCUCCCCGCCUGGCUGAGCUCGGUGCUACACACACUGCUUGGAGACUUCCGAUCACUUCACUUGCUUAAAGGCAAAAAGAACAACUCAAGCUUAAAACCACAGCCUCCCCACGGUGGGGCGUGCAAAGCAUGUCGUGCUGUCGCUUUCCAGGAGCGCCGGCCUCCGGAUCGGAUCGGGGCGGUCCCGUUUACACUCCGUGCUGGGGCCGCUCCGUGCUUGUUGCUACUCGUUUGGUGGUUUUAUUUUUGUAUUAUUAUUAUUUUUUUUCCUAUAAUCUCUCUGCAGGAUUAGGAGCGGUGCGUCGCCAGGACAGUGCGUGCACCUCUGCGGUCCCUCCUCCCUCCUCUUCCCAGCAGAAGGCAAUAGGGAUAGCUGGGGGAUUGGAUGGGGGGG